AUGGCAUUCUCAUUUGCCUUCGCCGGCGAUGACAUAGAGGAAGACGACCAACAGCAACAACACACUUCCACACCGCCAGUGGCGAGCACGAUAGCCGCCCCAGCACCCUCAGCCUCAACCGCCGGUGCAUUCCCCGUCCAAGGCAAACCGCUGCUGCCCCCGGCCCAACACAACCUCCACAAUCUCCUUGCGAGGUUACCAUCCAAGAUCGCCUUCAGCUUGCUCGAGGUCGACCUUGGCGGUGACAAUGAGAGCCUCUCAUUGCCUCGUCGCGAGCUGUGGGAUGUGCGUGUCCAGUUGAUGGCCGAGGACGGUACCGACACCAACGCGUCCGAAUCGGAAGCCGGACUGGGGGAGCACGACGUUAAGACGGGCAUUUACGAAGGCGGCUUCAAGAGUUGGGAGAGCAGCGUGGAUUUGGUCAAAGUGCUGGCCAACGAGAGGGUCAAGGAAACCUUGGCACAAGAGCCAUGCGUCUUGAUCGAGCUUGGUUGCGGCACAGCGUUGCCCUCGCUCGCUCUUUUCCAGUGGGCGCUGGCGGCAAGGAAGUCCGAGCAGCAGCAGGAGCCGCAGCAGCAGCCGCCGUUAGUGCUCACCCUUGCAGAUUACAACCCCUCCGUCCUUUAUCUCGUGACGCUGCCCAACCUCAUCUUGACUUGGGCUCUGCAGCAGAGGACUGAGAACGCCGUUGUCCAGGAGGCGUUCACUCCCGAUGGAGAACUGGAGUUGACGUCGGAGGUAGUGGACGCCUUCAAGCAAUCUCUUUCCUCACGCCGGAUAACCCUUUCCUUCCUUUCCGGUGCCUGGUCUCCGGAGUUCGUUGAUUUACUUUGCCAAGAUGGAGUGCCCGCCAGCCUCCCGGACAACACCAAGACACUUGUGUUGGGGUCCGAAACCAUUUACUCCCCCUUCGCACUCGAGAGUUUUGGUGCUACACUUCUUUCGAUCCUCCAGCGAGCGCCCCUCGACCGGCCAGCGGGUGAAGCGAAGGCAAUCAUUGCCGCGAAGCGGUUAUACUUCGGUGUCGGCGGUUCUCUCGAUGAUUUCAUCGACAAGAUGCGGGGUCUAGGAUCCUCUCUCAGAACACUAUCUGAAGAGACCCAAGGAGUUCACCGCGGUGUUGUUGAAUGUCACCUCGGCUGA